UAUUUCAUAAUUUAAUCUUUCGUUAUUAUUUUUUUAUAAAUUAUUUAAAACCUACUAUAAAACGCUGCACGCGAGUCAACUCAAACCAGACCGCCGCGCGGCUUCACAGGGAGAGGACGUGUCGCUCCGUAGCAUCGCGUAGGGUGAAUGACCUUUGCCGUGGAUACCGAGAAUAGUGGAUAUUUUGAGCGCGACCGAUACAUCUUGAUACGUUGACGUAAUGGGAAAUAAAACCCAGUACUAUAAGGGAAACAAACGAAAACACAAAAAUUUAUCAAGUAUGGAAAAAGCAAGGGCUAAAAGGUUUGUUUAUCUUAUUCUUAUAGUCAACCCAGUGCAUACCCUUGUGAAAGGACAUAUCGUAUUAGAUUAAUAUAUUUUUGAACCAACGACAUGUGUGAUCUAAGAAAAUAUAUGUACAAAUUGGCUUCGACUGGUAGCGGGAUAUUCAAAUAAAAGAUGUUUUUUGAUGUAUUUUUGUUACCUAAGUUAACAUCAAGUAUGGGACAUAAAUCGCGGUAUUAAGUACCUCGGAAUAUUUUUUAUUCCUUCCGAUUUAUUCAAUUUCUUAUUAUUAUUAUAAAAUAUAACAUUAUUAUGUUCAAAGCAUGUUUCUUUGGUAUUAUUUUAUUUUCUUUUAUUACUAACUAUUUAAUUAUUAACGUUUGCUUUCAAAUAAAAAGUUUGGUGUGCUUACUUCCGCUUUGUGGUUUAAAUUCAGGCUUUGUAACAAAACAUCAAGAGCUGAAGACAUAACAGAAACAGAUGAGUGCUCAAAACAAAAUGAAGAACAGGUACUUUGAAUUUUAUUGUAAAAGGCGAUUUACACACGACACUCUGCAUUGUUGUAAAACUAGAACAACAUUAGCCCCGCUUCACCAACGGCAGUGACCGAGGUGCCUUGUAUGAAUCAGCUUGCUAUUCCAUCACCGAGUAAUUGAAUCCAUUGCUUUUUUCAGAAUGUUUUAUUGGGUGCAUCUGAAGAAAGUUUUGAUAUAUCAGGUUUGGUAAGUUAUCUACCUAUAUAGGUUAUCAAACUAAUAUACUAAUUUUAGUCAAGCUUUAUUUAAAAUUGCAAUUAAUUUGCAAAGCCUAUAAUCGCCCUGAAUAUUUUUUAAUUUUAGGGUUUAAUUGCAGGUUAUCGAAGCAGCAAAUCCAGUCCCACUAAAAACCAUUUUUAGAGGCCGUAGAAUUAUUGAUUUCCAGUAUUUUUUUGACCAAAUUAAAAUAAUUAAUAAUCAUAACAGAGCAAUGGGCUGUAACAUAGAUAAUAUGGAAGUCUUGAAGGAGCACAAGUUGGGUUUGGAAUCGACAUUUGUCAUGAAAUGCAACAUGUGCAAUUUAGAACUCCAACUGUUCAGCUCAGAUACUUCAAAUUGUAACAUGAGAGUAAAUCAUGGUGCUGUGACCGGAGCAAUGAUGAUUGGGUGUGGAAGAUCUAAUUUAAAUGAAUUAUUAGCUUCCGUAGAUCUACCUAUACUGGAACAAAAAGUGUAUGCUGAUUGUCAUGAUGAAGUAGCAACAUGGUGGAAAGCUGCAGCUGAAGAAAGUAUGCAAGUGGCUGCGAAGGAAGAAGCUGAUGAAGCUAUUGCAUGUGGUGAGGUCAAAGACGGUAUUCCCAUUAUUACUGUUGUUGCGGACUGCUGUUGGUCAAAAAGAUCCUACAAAACCAACUACUCAGCUCCGUCGGGCGUCGCUGCUAUUAUUGGGUACAGAACAGGGAAAGUUGUUUACAUGGACGUAAAAAAUAAAUAUUGUGUCGUUUGUUCCCGGGCAGCGGUCAAAGGUGUGCCCGUUAUAAAACACGAGUGUUACAAAAAUCAUUCUGGAUCUUCGACCAGCAUGGAACAGAGUGUGAUUGUCGAAGGGUUUAAAACUUCUGUUGCGAGGCAAAAUGUUAUCUACGGUACACUGAUCGCAGACGGCGACGCGAGCACUUUUAAAAAAGUUCUCGAAAGCAGGCCAUAUCCGAACUAUCAAGUGAACAAGAUCGAGUGCACCAACCAUCUUCUCCGGAAUUACUGUGGAAAAAUCUUCAUGCUGAGCAAAGAUACCUCAAUCCCUCUACAUGAACGUAAAUUGCUCACCAACGAUCGGCAAAAAAGGCUUCGCACGGCAGUCAAAUGCGCAAUACGAUUUCGCAAAGCUCAGAAUUUGUCUAGCUCUGAUAAGAUAAUCAAGUUGAAAAAUGAUAUUUUGAACAGCCCAUUACAUAUCUUUGGAGAACAUAAUGCUUGUGACUCGUAUUAUUGUAGAGGAAGGACAGGAGAAGAAAACUUGGUUCCUAAAGUCCGGUCUUUGAUGACUAAAAUUAUGACUCACACUGCACAGAUCGCGUUCCACUCCAAAAGCUUACUCCAUAACGUCACUAACAACAGGGCUGAGCAAUUUAACAGUAUCGUUGCAAAGUUGGUUGGUGGCAAGCGCAUAAAUUUUUCGCUUAAAAAUUCAUAUACAGCUCGAUGUCAUGCAGCAGUUGUCUCUUUCAAUUCCGCAAGACCUCAGUACAACAUUUAUAAAUCAAAAUUUGACAAGAGUCCAGGUAUGUCACUGAAACGAAUCGAAAUGGCCCGUCUUAGAAGGAUACAAAAGGGUAAAAUGAUUCGCCGCCCUAGAAGAAGAUUACAUUUUUACGCUGAAAAAUGUGACUACGGCGAAGAAUGUCAAAGACCAGACAUGUCUGCGGAUGAUUAUGAGACUGCGAAAAAUAUGUUUCUUCAAAACCUUAAGGAGCAGGUCAACAAUAGAGAGGAGGUGGAGAGAGACACUAUACUUCAGGCGGAAAGCCCACUUUGGCUUGAAUUGCGCAGAUGUCUGCUCACAGCAUCAUCGUUCGGCAAAGUGUGCAAACGAAAAUCAAGUACAAGUUCUGCUGCCCUUGUCAAAAGUCAUUUGUACUGUUACUCUCUUGCCAAUGUGAGAAGUAUAAAGCACGGAAUGGACAAUGAGGAAGUUGCCAUCCGGCAGCUUGAAAGUCAACUAAAUAUCAAAAUUGACAAAUGUGGCCUAUUCAUUGACGAAGAAUUCUUUUUUCUCGGUGCUUCACCUGAUGGCAUUUUUGAGGAAGGACUUGUAGAAAUAAAAUGUCCUAUAUCAGCAUUUGAAAUGCAUGCUGAUGAUGCCAUCAACCAAAAAAAAAUUAAGUUUUGGAAUUCCAACGGGACUGUCAAUCGUCGCCACGAGUGGUUUUACCAAAUACAAGGACAGCUACAUAUAACUAAGAAGAACGUAUGUUUGUUAGCUGUCUGGACUGGGAAAGAAUUUCCCUUGAAAGUAGAAAAAAUCACUCGUGACGACGAAUUUUGGCAAGGCCAAAUGCAAACUCGUCUCGUAAAUUACUAUAACCUGUGUCUGCUGCCCGAAAUAGUAGACCCACGCAAAUCCAGGUCAAUGGCACUAAGAGACACUAGGUACUAAUUUUUAAGAUUCCGAACUUUUUUAUUUAAUUUUUUACAUAAUUUCAAAAUAAAUGUAUACAUUUAAAUAAACGUGGUUUCAUUAAAAAAUAAAAACUGUGUCAUUUAUUUACUCAAUUUUUGUAACAAUUUAUAAAUAAAUAAAUAAGUGCACUCGAAAGGACUAAAAUUGGUUGCUACUCGCACGCACACAACCAAGAUGCUUAUGUACCGCAUUUCUUGCGUUGAAUUACCUAUACUUGACAUCGCGCGCCGAACGUACACGGUCUUAACAACUUAUUUUCAUGCUUUCACAUAUUUUAGUCAUCCAUAGAUUUACACUAUUUUCUCGCUAAUAACUAUUUACUAAAUAAUAUAUUUUUUGCUGUACUAAUUUCACUCGAAAGGAUCAAAAUGGUUUGUGUGACUAUACGUGAAGUAUGAUAGGCACGCACACAGCCGCGACGCUAGUCUGCGUGAUUUGUUGCGUUGAAUUACCUAAAGUUGAGAUCGCGCGCCGAGCGUAUACGCUC